GGUCGCUUCAUCAGUGCGUCUGUCCGACGAGGAGCGCACACCGGUGCCGGCUGCAGGCUGAAAGGACGCCGCCGCCUCGGGUUUUUCUCACGAUUUAUUCUUUUCCUGUGUGUCUGGUUUGCUUGAAAAAUGACAGAAAUCCUGGGAGCGUGUUGAGAGAUUUUACUUCUGAAGAUGCUCACAGACAUGAUCGUGGAGGAGGAAUUUGAGAUCAAGGAGGAGGAACCGUGGUACGACAAGCAAGACCUUGAACAUGACCUGCAGCUGGCCGCCGAGCUGGGCAAGACGCUCCUGGAGAGGAACCGGGAGCUGGAGCAGGGCCUGCAGCAGAUGUACUCCACCAACCAGGAGCAGCUGCAGGAGAUCGAGUACCUGACGAAGCAGGUGGAUCUCCUCCGUCAGGUCAACGACCAGCAUGCUAAAGUGUACGAGCAGCUCGACGUCUCGGCCCGAGAACUGGAGCAGAGCAACCACAAACUGGUUCUGGACAACAGGACGGCCCAGCAGAAGAUCCAGGGGCUGACGGAAACGGUGGAGCUGCUGCAGACGCAGGUGGAGGAGCUUCAGCAUCAGGUGGAGGAGCUGAAGCUGAGUCCUUGUCAGCCUCAGAGGCCUCCGAGCAGAGAGAAGUGGCCUCGCAGCACUCAGAGUGUUUCCUGUCUGCACGAGCUGCAAAACACACUCAGGUACGACUGUGAUACAGAUGAACACUCAGACAGCCUUGAAUCUUCUGCAGCGUCGUGGCAUGAAGAAGAGCAGGCGUCGCUGCGACAGUCGCUUCAUUCUCUGCAGACUCAGUUUGCUACUGAGCGCGUUCGGAGGCAGGAGGCGGAGCGAGAGGCGGAACUCCUCGCUGGAGAAAAUGCAGCGUUGGAGCAGCAGCUGGCAGGGAUGGAGGGAUGUCAGGCCCGAGUGUCGGAGCUGGAACGUGAAUCCGAGGAGCUUCGUCAACUCUGGAAGUCGGAGUCGUCCGUGAGAUCCAGCAGGCCGGACCUCUGCCUGCUGCCCCACUCGAUGUUCCUGAACCCGGAGGACGAACACGACGGGGAGGCGCCUAAAAGCCCCUCCGUCCUGAAGCGCUGGGGCAGCGAGCGGCUCAUGAAGGCCACACAGAUGCCAGACUCCCCCAGCAGGAUCUAUGACCACGAGUGCUCUUGCGUGCGACGGGCCGAGGUAGUGAAGUAUCGCGGGAUCUCGCUGCUCAACGAGGUGGACGCCCAGUACAGUGCCUUGCAGGUGAAGUACGACGAGCUGCUGCGACGCUGCCACCUGGGCCUGCCGGACGAUGAGCAGGACGGCCAGAGCCACAAGUCCGUCGAGACUGCAUCCCUCGUCGCAUCUUGUCCUGCAAUGACGGACCUGGAGGACUUUGAGGACGACUUUCACCAGCCGGAGUACAAAGAACUCUUUAGGGAAAUCUUCUCCCGUAUUCAGAAAACCAAAGAAGACCUGAAUGAAAACAGGGGGAGACCCUCAGCUGAUGAAGUGCUGCAUUAGUUGCGUGAUAAAAUAAAGAAAAGACCAGCUGAGAGAUUAAUUAUUGUCUUCCAGUUAUGUAGUGACUUUGGAAAUACUUUUAUUUUCCCAGAAAUAGGUUCAGAGAUGAGAGUGAUGCAGGAAUAUGAGGGCUAAACACCACCAGCUCAGAUGUGGCUCAUUUUGCACAGAAACACCAGUGCCUCAGUAACGCCGCUGUCUCUACUGUACAAUCACUCUACCUCACUCUGCUCGCAAACGGGAAACAUUUCUGAGGAACAAUCCUACUACUUCUUCUCAUAAGCUGGAAAACACUUUAUUUUAUAGGUCCCAUAAUUUCACAGAAAGGAAUUGAUGCAUGAAUGUCAAAUCACAGAAAGGUUCCCGGUAAAGGUGUUGUUUGGUUCUAAAUAUAGGAAAUAUGGACCUAGUGUUGACCUAGAAAGUCAGUUAAAUGUGUCCAAAUUGAAUUAAUCCAGCAAAGCAAUAUAGAGUGAAAAUCAGCUUGACUCAAACUGAACUUCUUUCUUUCUUCUUCUGCUAUAGAUUUUAAUCAGGGUAUAGUCUAUUAAAACAAACACACAGAUGGCAUCUAACUGACUGUCCAAAACCCAGUUGUGCUGUUCAUUCCCAUAGAACACUGAGAUAACCAGCAAAUAUACAUAUUCUAGAAUCUGUAAUGGCUUAAAUGACAUAAACAGUAGCUAUUUAGCACAUUUAAAGUUGGUGCAAUGAACUUAUUUAUGCAUUCAUGUGUUAAAGAGCAACAUGAGCAUUAAUUUGGAGUCAUGUUUGUGUCCACCUGAUUACUGUAGGUUCAAUAUUGUCUCUCUUUUUAGCUCUAUUUUUGGUCUCCUCCAAUUGCUUAGAUGCUAAAUGCUUCAGUAGCAACUCACUAAGGGUGUUUGUUCGUCAUUUGUUGCCCAAUAUGUUGCGUAUUGUUGAUAUUUAAAGCUUUAUUUUUGCUGCAAACAAUGCUAGCAGCAAGAAGGACACAAAAAAGUAGAGUUCUUGGCCAGGUAGCUCAGUUAAAGUCGCUUAUAAAAUCAACUCAGAUCUCCACUUUUCUUCAAUUGGUCCUGAACUACAAGCUUGCCAGGAAACUUGAGAAAACUAUCAGGGAAUUAUGGACCUGUAAAAUAGAAUUAAAUCACUGUAUCUGCUGUUUGUUUUGUUUAUGUGAAGACUUUGUAAUUUGUUUUUUUCUUCUUUGCGACUAUAAAAAAUAAUGUACAUUUCUUGGUGAUAGUUCUGCCUGCGCCUAUAAGAGCAGCCAAUGCACGGUUGACCAAUUAGUAUGCAACGUUAUAUUGGUGAAGGAGUUUUUAUGAAGUUGGUGAUUCAAGGUGCUCAAAUAUGUUAGAUUUUUUUUGUAAUUGUCACAUAUCUCUGAAAUUAUUCUUAUUAUUACACUUUAUUAUUGUAUGGUAGGUUAGGCUGCUGAGUGAAUGUUGCAGUAAAAGGGCAAAAUAAUACCUGUACUUGAAAAUAGAAGCUUUUCUUAGCAGCAGCUGUGUUGCUUUUCGCUGCCUGACGUUUGUCCUUGUCAAGCUUAAAGGCUGUGCACAUGCUUUGUUUGUAGACAUCUGUAAAAUCACAUUAAGAUGCACUUUAAAAUUGAACAUUAUUAAUGUCCAUCUGACAAUGUAUAUCUCCACUGUCUGUAGUUAAUGCAAGUGUGGUGUUUUUCCUCUUCCAAACAUAUUCUAGACCUGAAUAAUCUGCAGUAUGUUUGUGUUUUUACCUGUUUCAUGACUGGACCUCAUGGUUUAUUGUUACUGCUCUGAGCCAUAAAACAUGAAGCAAGCUGA